AUGUCUUCUUCCUCCAGUUACCCCCACUUCCGCAAGACGGAAACGGGUAAAGAGCUCAUCGUUAAGGGAAAUCCCUUUUUGAUUCUUGGGGGUGAGCUUCAAAACUCCUCGCUAACCUCGGCUGAGUACAUGGACACGGUGUGGCAGAAACUGGUGGAUACUCAUUACAACACUGUACUUGGAUGCGUGACCUGGGAGCUGAUUGAGCCUGUCGAGGGCCAAUUUGACUUUCAAGAACUUGAUAAAGUCAUCCUCGGUGCUAGAAAUCAUGGGCUGCAUCUGGUGCUUUUGUGGUUCGGCUCAUUCAAGAAUGGAAUCUCUACCUACGUUCCAAGCUGGAUAAAGACCGAUGUCAAACGCUUUCCUCGAGCUAAACUACGUAAUGCAGGUGGUGUUCUAGCCACGGGAGACGUCCUUUCAAUCUUCCAUGACGAAGCACCCAAAGCCGAUGCGAAGGCGUUUGCCACGCUGAUGAAACACCUCAAGGACUUUGAUGGCGAGCAUUCCACUGUCAUCAUGGUUCAAGUUGAGAAUGAGACUGGACUGCUUGGAGAUUCUCGUGACGGCUCAGCGGCAGCCGAGAAGCGAUUUGCCGAGCCAGUGCCGCAAGACCUGCUUGCCUAUCUUGCUAAAGACUGGGAUAAUCUUCACGGUGACUUUAAGGAAAAUCUAACUUUCUUUCGUGCUCAGCAGAGUGCAGAGGGUAGCUCCUGGGAGCAGGUCUUUGGAAAGGACCCUCACACUGACGAGCUCUUCAUGGCGUACCACUACUCACUUUAUCUCAAUCGCGUAGCCGAGGCCGGAAAAAAAGAAUACGAUAUCCCACUUUACACCAAUGUCUGGCAAAACUACGUCGGCGAUGACGGCGACAAUUCCUUUCCCGUCAUCGUGGGCGGCGGUGGCAAUCCUGGCGAUUAUCCUUCUGGUGGAGGCACCAGCAAUGUUCUAGAUAUUUGGCAGCAGUUUGCUCCUUCGCUAGACUUUAUUGCACCGGAUGUUUACCUGAACAAAUAUACAAGCUCGUGUCACAAAUACAGGCACCGCGAUCAGCCACUCUUCAUACCCGAACAGCGCCGGGAUGAGUACGGCGCGCGACGCAUUUGGGCAGCGUAUGGCUCGUAUCAAGCCAUUGGCGUUUCCCCAUUUGGAAUUGAUACCUUGGAACCUGAGACCAGUGCCUUCACAAAACAUUACGGUCUUCUCGACUCUGUAUCUCAGAUCGUACUUCAGGCGCAGCGAACUUCGCGCACUUCAUCCGUCGGGUUCUUUUUCGAUGAGUUGCCUGGAUCUGGCCCGGACAAUGUCAAGCCUCUUGUCAUAAACCACUGGUCUCACUAUGAGAUAACCAUUGAGCCGUGCUUUGUGUUUGGAAAGCGCAGUGCAUGCUGCGGCAUGGUCAUUCAUCUAGGCGAAGCCAAAUUCCUGCUCAUCGGAUGGGGGUUCCAAAUCCGUGCGCGCAGUCUAUUGCCCAGUAGCACGUUCACGGGGAUUCUUCGCUUUGAAGAGAAAUUCGUACUCGAUAAAGCGACGGGUAAACUCGGUACAGCAAGGACCUUGAAUGGCGAUGAGACGAGGAGUGGCAAGUUUGCCAUGAUGCCCAGUGAAGAUCCGGAUUACGGCGGAUUUCCGAUCUGUGUUACUAUUCCAGCUAGGACGAUGAUUGCCGAAGUUGAGUUUUAUGACAUUGCAGACGAGUGA